AUGUCUUCCCAGCCCUCUCGCCCAGAUACACCCUCAACGUCCUCUACUCCAGACAUCACAGACGACUUCUCACGGCUAGACCUCCACACUCUCCGAGAACAGAGCUCAAGCUCGGCUUCAUCAGCAAUCGCCGCUGGCAAGGACAAGGUCGAUGAGGAUGAGGAGCUAGAACGGUUCAGGGCACAAUGGCGGCAAGAGCUGCUGGCUAAAAAGUCUGAAGGAGGAGUCGGAGGAGAGACUGGGAAGAGUCUGCCCAAGAAAGAGAAUAGAGAGGUUGAAGAUGUGGAGGUAGACGGGAAGGGCAAGGGCAAGCAAGUAUCACCAAAAGCGACCAAAGCUCCCCAAUUACCGACCUUCCAAGACGAAUACGAUGAGGCACCGACUAUGGGGCCUCUAGCGCAUACGGUUGCCCCUACUAUCAACCGGACGCACGCUCCAAAGAAGACCUUGACGCACAGGGAGCGCGCUAUCCAGACGUAUGCCAAAGCUGUGGAGAGCGAGCAGAGUGGGCAGCUCAACGAGGCAUUGAUACAUUACCGCAGGGCUUUCAAGAUGGACGAUGAGGUUGACAAGCUGUAUACCAAGUCCAUGGCCAAAGCCUCGGCAGACCAAAUCGCUGAGAAGGCGGCGAUCAGUGAAGACCUCAUGUCAGAGAUCCCCAACUCUUCAGACAUCAUCUCUCCAUCUGCCCCUGCCGAGGAGCCGUACUCUUUCCAGAGACAUAUCCAGCUCGACGCCGACUAUGACAAAUCAUCCGCCUUGCCUAGCAUCGCGACCUCCACCGCGCACAAAUCACCGCUAUCAACUAUCCUGGGGUCACUUCCGAUCAAUCCCUGGGAGUUUGCCUUUCUUCCAGAGAAUGAUAAACUCCCUAUCCCCAUCGCCAAUCUCCCUGCCGAGCUCAUCGACCCCAUCCUUGCACAUCUCGAUGUGAUCUGGAUAGAGCGCUUCGCGUCAACUUGUUGGCGGGCGCGCUAUCUGACGAGCGCAUCGAUGGCUUGGAGAAGGGUGUGCGAGAGGAUCUACCGGCCGCCUGCAAUGGUGCCGCCGGGAGGGGCUGUAAAGACACAAGAUCUCGUGAAAAAACAUGGCGGAGAAUGGCGGACGACGUUGAUUGAAGAAGAACGAGUUCGGAUGGACGGCUGUUACAUCGCAGUCUGUCAUUACAUUCGACCAGGUGCUGGUGAAGAAUGGGUGACCAUCACCCACCUGAUCACAUACCAUCGCUAUCUCCGCUUCUACCCUGACGGCUCCGUCAUCUCCUACCUUACCACAGACCAUCCCUCCGAUGUGGUACCUGUCCUCAAGCCUUCCCUUCGGGGCAAAGGCCUCCACUUUGGCCGUUGGCGUCUUCUCCGCUCCGAUGCUCCCUUGGACCCGGAGAACGAUCCCAUCUGGGUCCCCUCAGAACCACAUGAGAAGAAGCCGGCUCGCAUCUUCGUCUCUGGGCUACUAGAGCCAGGUAUCAAGGAGGCGAAGUACGAAUUUGAGAUGGAGUUGGCAUUGAGAGAGACUAGUAGGGGGAGAUGGAACAAGCUGGACCUCUUGGAAUAUCGAUCAGUCAAUCUGGGAACAGAUGAAACGCUGGGGCUGGGGUUGAGGAACCAAAAGCCAUUCUACUUUUCCAAGGUUCGCUCAUACAACCCGCCAUUUUGA